AUGGCGAAAAGAAAAAGAAAGGUUGUAUCGUGCGCGGCAUGUAGACUGCAACGCAAGAAAUGUUUAGAGGAUUGUAUUUUGGCCCCUCACUUUCCUCCAGACGAUCCUGACAAAUUCACAGUCGUGCAUAGAGUAUAUGGAACCAGCUAUAUCAUCAAAUUGCUUCAAGGUUUGGAUACUAAGCAAAGGGAAGAUGCAAUAAACAGUUUGGUGUGUGAAGCAAAUGCAAGAGUGAAAGACCCCAUCCAAGGAAGUUCCAAGGUAGUCCAUGAAUUACAAAAAAGAAUACCUCAACUAGAAUCGCAGUUAGUAGCUAAGGAAGAAAAGCUCAUCAGUAUACAGUCAAAGUAUGAUAAGCUUUUAUUCCUCCAAUACAUGGGAUCUCCUAAUGGUCCGCAUUUUGCAUAUGACAUUGAUAUAACUGAAGAUAUCAUGUAUGAGCAGGGAAAUAUAGAAUUUUCUAUCUGCCACGUAUACAAGAAGGCUAACAAGACGACUGAUGUCCUUGCAAAUGUGAGGGCAGUGGAUGGUGCAUCAGGGCUCGUCGACUCUUCCCCUAAUAGAUGGGAUGGCUUGAAAGGCAUUAAGGUGGAGGAAUCAAGGAUUGGAUUAUAG